GCGAGGAGAGAAGCAGCCAGGCGCCCAGAGACCCGGAAAGUGAGAGGGCACCAGAGUCCACCCUGAGCGGCACCGCCAACACCCCGACUACCACCUCUACCAGCAGCAUCACCUCCAACCAGCACCACAACAACAGCGCUAGCCCCACAGCCGUCUCCAGCAGUAGCAGUAGCGGUGGCUCCAGUGGUGCCAUAGGUGUUAGCAUAGUUAGCCGCAGCGCUAAGGGAGCAGAGGGGAGGUCCUCCAUGCAGUUCAGCACCAGACCUCCCAGUGCUGAGCCUGGCUUCAUGGGGACAUGGCAGCAACAGAGCACUGACCAGAGCAACCUCCUCUUCAGAAUGUCCCAGCAGGCCAUUCGCUGCACUCUGGUGAACUGCACCUGUGAGUGUUUCCAGCCAGGAAAGAUCCACCUGCGUACAUGUGACCAGUGCAAGCACGGCUGGGUGGCUCACGCGCUGGACAAGCUGAGCACGCAGCACCUGUACCACCCCACCCAGGUGGAGAUAGUUCAGUCCAACGUGGUGUUUGACAUCAGCAGCCUGAUGCUGUACGGGACCCAGGCGGUGCCGGUCAGACUGAAGAUCCUGCUGGACCGUCUGUUCAGUGUUCUGAAGCAGGAGGAGGUGCUCCACAUACUGCACGGCCUGGGCUGGACCCUGAGGGACUAUGUCAGGGGCUACAUACUGCAGGAUGUUGCGGGCAAGGUGCUGGACCGCUGGUCCAUUAUGUCUCGGGAAGAGGAGAUCAUCACCCUGCAGCAGUUCCUUCGUUUCGGAGAGACCAAGUCCAUCGUGGAGCUGAUGGCCAUCCAGGAGAAGGAGGGUCAGGCGGUCACCGUGCCCUCCUCCAAGACCGACUCAGGCAUCCGGACGUUCAUCGAGAGCAACAGCACGGGACGCGGCCGAAGCCCAGGCCUCCUCAACCACAUGGAGACCAGCAGCCCGUCCAGCAUCCAUCACUUUGAGAACAUCCCUAACAGUCUGGCCUUCCUGCUGCCGUUCCAGUACAUCAACCCUGUGUCGGCCCCCAUGCUGGGCCUGCCCCCCAAUGGCCUGGCGCUGGAGCAGUCGGGCCUCCGGGUCCUCCACGACCGGGACCGCGAGGCCAGCCUACCCAACCAGGGCGAGCCGGUGGAGAGCAGCGAGUCCGAAGUAUCCCUCAGCCCUUUCCGCAGCAGCGGUCAGAGCCCCAGCCGCAUCGGAGCCCUGGGGGGCAUGAACAACGCCAUCGAGCCCAAACAGGAGCCCAACAACCGGGCAUCACCCAUCUCGCCCACUCCUUCCAGCCAGCCGUCCCAGCAGCAGACGGAACAACAGCACAUCACCCACUCAUCCUUCUCCUCUAAGAUGCACCGCAUGCGCCGCAUGGGAGCCACCUCACGCAAGGGCCGCGUGUGCUGCAACUCGUGCGGCAAGACCUUCUACGACAAAGGUACGCUGAAGAUCCACUACAACGCCGUGCACCUCAAGAUCAAGCACCGCUGCACCAUCGAGGGCUGCAACAUGGUAUUCAGCUCGCUGCGCAGCCGCAACCGCCACAGCGCCAACCCUAACCCACGUCUGCACAUGCCCAUGCUGAGGAACAACCGCGACAAGGACCUCAUCCGUGGGUCGGGCCCCGGCACGCCCGUCAUCUCCAGCGCCAAGAGCGGCUUCACCCUCACCAGCCCCGGACGGCCGCCUCUGGGCUUCGCCACCCCGCCCCUGGACCCCAUGCUCCAGUCACCCCUGCAGAGCCCACUGGUCUUCCCCUCCCUGAAGUCGGUGCAUCCCAUCCAGCCGGUGCCCCCUUUCUACCGUACGCUGCUGUCCCCACAGCACCUGGUCAGUCCUCCAGUGUCACUGCCCACCAGCCCCAUCCUGCCCUCCACCACCAACAGCACCUCUCUGAUGGACCAGCAACAUCAGCUCCUGGCUCCGCCGCGGCCGCAGCCUCCCACAACGCCCGCAAUAUGUCCUCUGAAGCAGGAUCCAGCUGCUGCCACCAACACGGACCCCACCCCCAAGAAGAAGCCCCGUAAGUCCAGCAUGCCGGUGAAAAUCGAGAAGGAGGUGAUUGACGUGGCAGACGAGUACGAUGAGGACAAAGAUGACGAUGAUGACGACAGCUGUCACCACCACCACCAUCACCACCACCACCCCUCCUCCCACCUCCACCACAACAACAUCAACGGAAACCGCAACAACAACAACAACAACAGCAGCGGAGGGAACAACAACGGCCACCACAGUGGCGGCAGCGGGCACCAGUCCCCCUCCCAGGAUGAGAUGAGCCCAGGCCUGAUGAGGGGACACCUGAUGAGACACGACCAGGACGACUGCCGGGGAGAGGGACCCGGUGGAGAGGGUGGCAGGGGCAAGAGAGGAGGCCCAGGCGGUGAGCUCCGCUGCAUGGACAGCUUCACCUCCGAGGACCAGGACCACGAGAGAGACUUUGAGAACGAUUCGGAGACUUCGGACUCCAAGAUGUUCUACCGCGAGGAGAUGAUGGAGGUGGAGGAGCAGCACCAGAGGCUGAGGCUCAACUCCUCCAGGAGCUCCAGAAGCCGCUCCUCACCCUCGCCCCACCAGCCCACCAUCAAGAUUAAGGAGGAGCUCAACGACCCCACCUACGACAUGUUCUGCAUGAGCCAGUACGGCCUCUACAAUGGGGGCAUGGCGGCCGCCGCAGCCGCCGCCGCCAGCAUGGCCGCCCUGCACGAGAGCUUCAUCUCCUCCAUGAGCUACGGCGCCAGCCCGCCCAAGUUCCCCUCCUCGCACUCCCCCGAGGGAGAACUGUGCACCAGCCCCAACUCCAACGACCCCAAGAUCUGCUACGUGUGCAAGAAGAGCUUCAAGAGCUCCUACAGCGUCAAACUGCACUACAAGAACGUGCACCUCAAAGAGAUGCACGUGUGCACCGUGUCCGGCUGCAACGCUGCCUUCCCCUCCCGACGGAGCAGAGACAGGCACAGCUCCAACAUCAACCUGCAUCGCAAACUGCUUACCAAAGAGCUGGACGACAUUGUCCUGGACCCCCAACUCACGCCGCUGCCCAAGGACCUGCGCGCCGAGUUCCUGGCUAAGAUCUACGCCGGGCACCACUUGGGCCUGGACGCCAUGGCAGGGGCGGGCAUUGGCGGCGCCAGCCUGGGGGGAGGAGGGCUGAACCGUGACGCCAGCUCCCCGGCAGGCACCGAUUAUCCCCACCACCACCCCCUAAACCAUCACCACCACCACCACCCCCUCCACCACCCCCACACCAACGGCUUCUACCACCGCGGUGGCCCCCCAGACGACUACAUGGUGCUGGACCUGAGCACCGCGUCCAGCGUUCAGUCCAGCGGGUCAGUCCAUUCAUCACGCCAGUCGGACGAGGGCAGCGAUGAGGGCAUCCUAUUGGACGACUUGGAGGAGGAGGGGGAAGAGGGAGGGGUCAGCGACGGGGAGGACUGCUCCCAGCAUACCCCGGGAUCGGAAGAAGGUCUGACCGGCACCGACCCCUCCUCCUCGCCGACCAUCCUGUCUUCCACCGGUGGCAGUGGUGGGAUCCUGUGCAGCAUCUGCCACAAAGUGUACAGCAACAAAGGGACCCUGCGCGUGCACUACAAGACUGUGCACCUGCGCGAGAUGCACAAGUGCAAAGUGGCCGGCUGCAACAUGAUGUUCUCCUCGGUGCGCAGCCGCAACCGCCACUCUCAGAACCCCAACCUCCACAAAAACAACGUGCCCUUCACCACCAUGGUAGACUAGCCCAACCCCCUGGCCCCCGUCUGGCCAACUCUACCCCCUUCCUCGACUCCCUCCUCACCCCAAACCAUGAGCUCUUACCCCCAGGAACUACACCUUACCACCCUUAGACGUCAUGCACCACAGUUCUCUUUCCCUUCGAUGAGAUCCAGUGACUAUAUACAGUAAGCGUUGUGACUUUUGACCUUUCCUUCUUUGGAAGAACGAGGAUGAGACACUUGAAGUGUCUUUAUUCCAAAAACUGGCCCUGCCGGUUUCCCAUAAACCCCAUUUCCUAUUUCCCAUAUGUCUUUGUUUUUGUCCAUCUCCAAAGAAUCUAUUCAAACUCUUAUUUGUGACUGUUGCCUGCAGAAAUGAUAAUAACAAUGAAAAAAAUAUAAAUCUUCUUGUUGUAUUUGUGUAAUGAUAGCUUUUAAAGAAAACCCCACACAAGAGCAUGACUGCUUAAUUUGUAAAUAAUAUGUCCCAAGAGGCUAUUGGUGUAAAACAAUUGUAUUUGAUGGUUGUUAGCUAUUUUUUUGUUUCUCUUUUUUGUUUUUAUGUUACAGUACAAUACUUCCAGCGCUAAGGUAGGCAAGAAAGAGGUAGCAUCUUUACUAGCUUGACUCAUUUAUGUUAGUUUAAAAAAGAAACAUUUUUAAACUGAGAAGGAGAAGAACUAAUGAUCAUGUGACUGGUUGUAUCUACUUGUUAGAUAUGCGGAGGUUGCCGGCAUGCUUUUUUUUGGCUCCUACACCAAUAUCAUUCUCUGUUCUUUUGUUUUUGUUAUCAUUUAUAGCUUUUACUAUACCAAUUCAGUUUUUCGCACUUUGCAACUAUACAAGCGGGAUGUGUAAUAUUAUUACAAGGAGGACUUUGCAAUGGUUGGUUUCCGCGAUGUUCGGGGUCUGAUAGACGGCCAUAGUGCCAAGGGGAAAUGACGAGCACACUUGUGGCAGUUUUAUUUUUUUUGCACGUGUUCAGUUUCAAAAACGCUAUUUCACAACAAAAGACCCAUAUUUGUCCUGAAUGAAACCCAACAUCCGGCCCAUUUACUCAAAUAAUCCUAUUCAGAAAAAGUCUAAGUAUUUCUACUCUACCAGAUACAGUAACGUGACUGACUACAAUACAGCUGCUGUUUUUGAAGGCAGAAGAUUUAAGUAUUGAGGAAUUUUGUUUGUGUUAUUUUCAUUUCAAGGAGUGUAAACCCAGUGUGUGACUAAUAUCACAGAACUUAGCUACAGAGGUUGAAGUAGGCUAAUCUUUCUACUGCAUGUGGUAUUUGUGACCUAAAACAAGCGUUGGGUGUCCUUCUAUUAUUUUAUACACGUUUCCAUGCAAAAAAUGGCCAUCAUAUCAGAAGUAUUGUGAAUGUCACAUUGAUUAUAAAACAAAGAAAUAGUCCUUAAACUGUGACCAAAACAAAAGAAGCAUUGGUUUUUAAAACAAACUAUAUUUUUCCGCCAUACAGUUGUACUUUAACUUACACCCCAUAAAUUGAUAUGAUGCACUUGAGUCUUAAGCCUUUUGCUAUAUUUUUUCGGUAUUGAUUUCCAUUGCUGAUUGUCAGCUUCAAACGUGAACUCUGUGAAACUCUGUCGCCAUUGCCUGGCUGUUUUCGGAGUUAUUUGCAGCCAUUUUCCUUGUUUCCAUACACAUCUUAAGGUACAAAUAUUUCAGAUAACUAGGCAAAGUAGCCAGGGGGAGGGGUAUUUAUUGGCGGGUGAUGUUAUCUUGAUGCAGAUGUCUUGUCCAAUAUGAAUUCCUUUUUUUUUUUCAAGAAAAGAAAAAAAGAAAGACAGAUCGGUCUUCAUUUUGAGUCUGUGCCCUUGAGUUGAUGGUUAUUAUUGUGUUUUUGUCGUGUUACUAUGGAUGUGAAAAAAUUGAGCGCUCCUCUUUCUUGAUUGGUGCUUAUCUUAAGGGGAUAAAAACACAGUGUUACGUGGUAUACAGUAUUCAAACCCCCGUUAUAUCCAUGAAAGUGUUGGACUUUUUUUUUUUUUAUGACUAUUUUGCAAUGGGCAUGAUCGACCCUUUGAUGGACACAUUGGCGUAAACUCUUAAGACUUAGCUUCUCCUCUCUCCUCAUACAACCAGCCUCCACGACACUGGCAGCAGUCUUCACCCCUCUCCUCUCUGAAGAGAGAGCUGAUCUGAGUGAAAGGGGUUGCGGAGGUGGAGGGCUGACUUGAGAGGAAGAAGGGAUGACAGUGAGUAUCAUUAAAAAUGUGCUGUUCCACCGUUACCUGGAGGCCUUCUGACGCUGAUCUGUCUAAUAACUCACUUGUCACUUCAUUACACCGCCAGACGUGAAUGUUGCUGACAGGACUGUGACGCCGACAGAGAUCCAAACCGGUCUCCCGGUCUCUCUCUUUCACCUCGCUCUCUCUCCCUCCCUGAGAGAAACCACUCCCGCCCCCCUCCUCUUCCCCCUCAACCCACCACUCUACCCCCUCCCCUCCUUCUCGGGUCCUAUAGGGACACCGACUAAUAGUGUACGCUUAAGUUCACUGGACGGCCAUCGCCGUGGAAAAAGAAUGUGUAAUUGCCUGUUUAUCCCAGGUGAAGGAAAAACUUUGUACAGGAACCUUCGGCUACUCUCUGGAGUGGCACUGAGGCGCAGCCUGCCUCAUUUGCUCAGCGCACCGUACUGCACCUUACCGCCACGGGCCCAGCCGGAGAAGUACAAAAGUGUCACUCCAGGAACCCUGCUGACAGCUGUCUCUCUUACACACACACACACACACACACACACACACACACACACACACACACACACACACACACACACACACACACACACACACACACACACACACA